UUUACUAUUUAAGGAAUCAUUGUUCAAAAAAUGACAGUUUUUUCCAAAGAUAUGUAAUCAUGUGUGCUUCAAAAAUUAUUGGACUCUUUGUCCUUAUUAUUUUCUUCUCCUUUCGUCCAGAACUCGUGAAAGGAGGGCCAGUGAUUAAAAAUUUAGAAGAGAACAACAAGAACACCAACAACAACAUUUUACACGAGAAUCUCCAAAAAAGAUUGAAGGAUCAUCAAAAUGAGAAAUUUUUAACAUUAAAAAAUGUGAUAAUUGAAACUAUUGAAGAAACAAAAGGUAAUCUUUCGUCAAAUGCAAAAAAUGAAAUUAUUAAAAUUGCCGACAGUACAUUUAGUGGUUAUAAUACUGAUGGUUCUUGGAAUGAGGAGCAAAAUAUAAUAAAUAUUUCUCAGGAAAUUGCUAAAGCAGUAGAAAAAAUUUUAUCCGACAAUAAUAAUUAUACGAUUGUUGAAAAAGUUGGAACAAUUGAAUUUGAACAAUUACUCUAUAAUAAAAUUCAAUUAAAUAAACAUUGUUUAGCCUCAAAGCAAGCAUUAAAGUUUUUCAUUGUAGAAUUUCUGUUGAAAAUAAGAAAUGACAUUGAUAUUGAUGAUACACAUAAAUUAAAUGCAUCUAUUGAUAAAAUUAUUAAAAAGUACAAUUUUAAAAGACAACUCGAUAAAAUAAUAAAAGAUGUGAAUAAAAUUGCGUAUCAAAUGUUCCUAACAAUUGAUGUACUAAACGAUUUGAAAUAUUUCAUUCAGAAUAAACUCAAUAAGGAAGAAUUUCUAUUAGUGGCAGUUGAUAAUAUAAUGAAGACAAUAUUAAUUAGAUAUCCCAAUAUGCCAAAAUUGCAAUCAAUGCUUUUACAACAUUACAUUCUUCAUAUUUUGUUGAAAAAUAAUUUUCACUUUAGAGGCUCAAACGGAAUCAAUUAUUACGAUAUUUCUCAACAAAUCACUGAAUACACGACAAUUAAUUUUGAUAAAAUUUUUCCAUUGGAUUUAAUUACUACAAAUUCCGUACUUGAUAAAUUUUCAAUGAAUUUCGCCGAUUUUGAAAUAAAUUUAUUAACAAAUGUUAGCAAUAGUUUUAAAUUAUUUGACAAAACUGGAAUCAACUUUCGUGAGAAGAAAAAUUUAACAGAAAUGUUUAUUGAUUUUAUUUAUAAAUAUAAUCAUGAUUUCUUUGAUAUUAAAAUAACUAGACUACAAUUAAAAACUUGGGUUAGAUCAUUUCUCGUAAGUCCAAAAAUUGGAGAACCGAUUAAUUUCUAUGAUGUUGAAAAUAAAAUUUCCAAUUGGAUAUUGUGGAAAAUUGGAUUCUUCCAAUUGAAAUCAUUUCUUAGAAUGCCAGUAAUCCGAUCAUUGAUGUACCAUAACGAUCAUUCGGGAGUUAUCAAAGCCUAUUCGUUUGAUCAAAAAUUAGAAACAGAGAUGAAUUCAGAAUCAAAAGGAACGCAGACUGAUGAUACCUUGAACAAAAAUAAAAAAACCACCGUCAACGAAGCAAAGGAGCAAAGGGAAGAUCCAAGUACAGAUGCAGGAGUUAAGAAAGAGGAUGCACCAUCAAGCUCUGAUCCUAAUGAUGUAGAAACUACUUCAAGUGUAAAUAGGGAAAAUGAAAGUGUUACAAAAACACCAGAUGAAAAAGAACCAUCAUUAAACAAUGAAUCUUCAAACCAAGAUGCGACUACAGUGGCUACAAAUACUGCAAGUACUGAAACUAAAUUAUCUUCUACAGAUGAGGGAUUGAACUCAACAGAAAAUAACAAAAAAAAUGGUGACUCGAACAAUGGAUUAGUAAUAACCGAUCAUGAUAAAAAUUCUACAAGUGAAACUACAACCACUGAAUCUACAGUUUUAAAAACUGUAGUAGAAAAAGAGCCAAUUUUAAACAACACUUCUUCUAACCAAGUUGUGUAUCAAGAGCCUACAAGUGCUGUAACUACAACAACUGAAUCUACAGUUUUAGAAACUGUAGUAGAAAAGGAACCAACUUUAAACAACACUUCUUCUAACCAAGGUUUAGAUCAAGAGCCUACAAAUGCUGAAACUACAACCACUGAAUCUACAAUUCUAAUAGGUUAUAGGUUUGGUGGUGGUAAUGAAGUAAAUGAACAAACUACAGAAAAUUCAAAACAGAUUCCAAAAAAAGAAGAAGAAACAGCUACUGAUGCGAAUCAGAGUUCUAAAGAAGAAAACAAUGCAUCAACGAAUACACAAUCAAAAGGAACGCAGACUGAUGAUUCUUUGAACGAAACUGAAAAAAUUACAGGCAACGAGGCAAAGAAACAAACUGCAGAUAAAAGUACUGACACAGAAGCUAAGAAAGAGAAUGUAUCAUUAAGCACUGAUUCUAAUGAUAAAGGAACUACGCCAAGUGUAAAUACAGAAAACGAAAGUGUUACAGAAACUCCGGUUGAAGAAAAACCAUCAUUGAAUUCUGAAUCUUCAAAACUGGAUGCGACAACAUUGGCUACAAACACUGCAACUAAAUUAGCUGCUAUAGACGAUGCAGUGAACUCAACAGAAAAUGGCAAAACGAAUGGAGACUCGAACAGUGGAUCAGCAACAACCGAUCAAAGUAAAAAUUCUGCAAGUGAACCAGUACAAAUAGAGAGCAGUUCAUAUAAGCCACAACAGGAAAAAGAAAAAGAGAUCAAGAAAGACGAAAAACAUCCUAAUACUGAUUCCAGCAAUGAUUCUGCAUCCACUACGACCGUAAGUCCCAACAACAAUACUCCAGUACCAUCAGUUCCAGAAUCCACAACCGAAACUAAUGUUAAAGUUGAAAGUGACUUAAAUGGAGCGCCACAAUUGUCAUCAAACAAAGAAACAAAUACUGCGUUCACUACAGAAAGGCAAGAAGAAUCAAAUUUCGAGGCUGAAAAAGCUGACGCAAAAAAUAAUAGUUCCAACGUAGAGAGUACACAAACAGAAAUUAAGAAAGAGGAUACAUUAUCAGUUACCCAUGGCACAAUUAUUUUUCAGGAAAGCGACAUUGUAACCACGGCAGCUACAACUGUAGAAAUUGUGGAUCAAACAAAAGAUACCGAAGGUGCUACAACAGUAGCUACAAACAUACAGCCACCAAAAGAAGAAGUAAAACCAACAACAACUGUGGAGGCGAAUGCAAUUUCUAACAAUGGAUCUGCUGAUAAUGGUUCAGUCGUAACUGAUCAAAACGCUAAUUCUGGAAGUGAACCUGCUCAGGUAGAGGGUGGUUCAGGUUCUACUACAACGGAAAAUACCAAACAAGAAACUCCAGUAACAUCAGAUCCAAAAACACCUAUAGUAGAAAAGGAACCCAAUUUAAAUAAUAAUUCUUCUAACCCAGUUAUGGAUCAAGUAUCCAAAACUGAAGUAGAAAACGAACCAGGUUUAAAUAAUACUUAUUUCAACCAAGUUGUAGAUGAAGCGCCAACGACCACUGUCUCUACAGUUCCAAAACCAAUAGUAAAAAAAGAACAAACUUCAGAUAAUACUUCUUUUAACCAAGAUGUGAAGGAAGAACCUACAAAUGCUGAAACUACAACCACUGAAUCUACAGUUCCAGGAACUGUAGUCGAAAAGGAACAAACUUUAAACAACACUUCUUCUAACCAAGAUGUGAAGGAAGAGCUUACAAAUGCUGAAACUACAACCACUGAAUCUACAGUUUCAGGAACUGUAGUCGAAAAGGAACCAACUAUGAACAACACUUCUUCUAUCCAAGUUGUGGAUCAAGAGCCUACAAAUGCUGGAACUACAACCACUGAAUCUACAGUUUUAGAAACUCCAGUAGAAAAGAAACCAACCUUAAACAAUACUACUAAUCAAGUUGUGGAUCAAGAGCCUACAAUUUCUGAAACUACAACUACUGAAUCUACAGUUCCAGGGACUGUAUUAGAAAAAGAACCAAGUUUAAAUGAUACUUCUUCUAACGAAGUUGUGAAGCAAGUGCCUACAAAUUCUGAUUCUACGACUACUGAAUUUACAGUUCCAAUAGUUAAUAGGUUUGGUGGUGGUUCUGAAGAGAAUAAACAAACUACAGAAAAUUCAGAACAGAUUCCGAAAAAAGAAGAAACUGUUACUGAUGCUAAUCAGAGUUCUGAAAAAGAAAACAAUGCAUCAACGAAUACACAAUCAAAAGGAACGCAGACUGAUGAUUCAAAUGGAGCCAAUCUGUCAAAUGAAAAUGAUAAGAGUACGGAAGUGGAAAUUGUAAAAGAGGAUGUAUCAUCUGGUAGUGAACCUACAUUAGUUGUUGACGCAGGUGUCAUUGUAACCACAGCAGCUACAAUUGUAGAAACUGUUGGUCAAACUCAAAAUACUGAAGGAGGAACUACAAUAACUACAAGUAUACAACCAGCAAAUGAAGUAGUAGAUCUAACAGCAAGUGAACAAGAACAACUUCCUGAAGGUAACUCUAGUAAUGUUGAUGCAUCUGCUACGAAGGCGGAUAACAAACAAGAAAAAGUUCCAGGGACUGUAGUAGAAAAGGAAACAACAUUAAGUAAUACUUCUUCUAACCAAGUUGUGGAUAAAGUCUCUACAAAUACUGUAACUACAACCACUGACUCUACAGUACCAGAAACUAAAGUAGAAAACGAACCAGGUUUAGAUAAUACUUCAUUUAAUCAAGUUGUGGAUCAUGCAUCUGCCACUACUGUCUCUACAGUUCCUAUAGUUAUUUCAAAAAAUGAAGAAGUUGUUACUGAUGAGAAUAAAAAUUCUGAACAAGGAAAUAAUAUAUCAACGGAGAUAGCAGUAGAAGCAAAUGAUAUUGUAACCACAGCAGCUACAGUUGUAAAUACUAUACAUCAAAAUCAAGACACUAUCAGUGAAACUACAGUCGCUACAAACGCACAACCAUCAAAUCAAGAAUUAAAACCAACAGCAACUGUGGAGGCGAAUGGAUCCUCUACUAAUGGAACACCUAAUAAUGUUUCAGUAAUAACUGAUCAAAAUAAAAAUUCUGCAAGUGAACCUAUACAGGUAGAGAGUAGCUCCGAUAAACUACCACAAGAAGCAAUAACUGAUGAAACAAAGUCAAAAGAAAUUGAAGGAAAGCAACAACUUCCUGAAGCUAAUUCUAGCAAUGCUGAAACUACAACCACCGAAGCUACAGUUUUGGAAACUGUAGUAGAAAAGGAACCACCUUUGAAUAACAAUUCUUCUAACCAAGCUGUGGAUCAAGAGACUACAAAUUCUGAAACUACAACCACUGAAUCUACAGUUCCAGGGCCUAUAGUAGAAAAAGUACCAAGUUUAAAUAAUACUUCUUUUAACCAAGUUGUGGAUCUAGAGCCUUCAAAUAUUGGAACUACAACCACUGAAUCUACAGUUUUAGAAACUGUAGUAGAAAAAGAACCAACUUUAAACAACACUUCUUCUAACCAAGAUGUGAAGGAAGAGCUUACAAAUGCUGAAACUACAACAACUGAAUCUACAGUUCUAGAUACUGUAGUAGAAAAAGAUCAAAUUACAGGAAGCUCAGAACAGAUUCCAAAAAAAGAAGAAGAAACUGUUACUGUUGCGAAUCAGAGUUCUAUAGAAGAAAACAAUCCAUCAAUGAAUACACAAUCAAAAGGAACGCAGACUGAUGAUACAGUCAACGAAGCAAAGAAACAAGCAGCAGACAAAAGUACUGACUCAGAAAUAACCGAUCAUGAUAAAAAUUCUGCAAGUGAACCUGUACAGGUCGAGAGUAGUUCAGAUAAGCCACCGCAGGAAGACGAAAAACAUCCUAAAACUGAUUUGAGCAAUGAUGCUGCAUCCACUACGACCGUUAGUCCCAACAACGAUACUCCAGUAUCAUCAGAUCCGGAAUUCUCAACCGAUACUAAUGUUAAAGUUGAAAGUGAUUCAAAUGGAGCACCUCAAUUGUCAUCAAAUGAAGAAACAAAUGCUUCGUCUACUACAGAAAGGCAAGGAGAAUUAAUUUCUGACUCUGAAAAAGGUGACGCAAACAAUAAUAGUUCAACCGUAGAAGGUACAGAAAAGGAAAUAUCAUCUGGUAGUAAACCCACAACACCUGUUGACCCAGUUGUAACCACGGCUGCUACAGUUGUAGAAAUUGCAGAUAAAUCUCAAGAUACUGAAGGUAGAACUACAGUCGCUACAAACAUACAGCUAACAAAUGAAGAAGUAAAUCCAACAACAAGUGUGGAGACGAAUGGAUCCUCUAACAAUAGUUCAGUACUAACUGAUCAAAAUGCUAAUUCCGCAAGUGAACAUGCUGUGACAGAUAAUAGUUCAGGUAAGGCACCUCAAGAAGUAAUAACAGAAGAUUCAAAAACAAAAGAAAUUAAAGAGGAAAAACAACUUUCAGGUGCUGAUUCUAGCAGUGAUGCUGCAUCCUCUUCGACUGUAACUCCAGAACUUGAAACUCCAGUACCAGUAAAAGACGCUGAUAAUUCCAGCAAAACCCAAUCGACGCAAGAUGAUAAUAAAGAUAAAGAAGAAAUUGAGAAAAAGAAAGAAACAUCUGCUACAGAUAUUGUUCAAUCGAAUCAAAACGAAACGACUACAGUGACUCCAGUCAAAGUUGAUGCAGCAGUAGCGCAAGAAUCAGCAAGUGGAGAAGCAGAAUCAACACCAAAUCCAAAGAGAGAAGAAUCCGUUCCUACCGUAACUGCCACGAAUCCUAGUGCUAAUGCCCCAAAUUUCACAACAGCAGAUUCUAUAAUAAACAGAAUACAAACAAAAUUGAAGGAAGCUAAUUCUAAACAAAAUAAAUCGGGACCAAACAAAGAUUCAAACUUUAUAAUCCAAAAUAUUUAUGGUAAAGAAUAUUCAGCUACAGUUUUGAUAAACGGUACAGCAACUCCGACAUCAAAUUCCACGAAAAAUUGGAAAUAUACAGAGUCUACAAUUCAAAUGCGCCAGCUUGAUAUCAAAUAUCCUCAAACAAACGAAAAGUAAAAUUAUUUCCUUCUGUAAAUCACGUUUAAUUAUAUACUAAUUAGUAAAAAAAUCCAACAUACUAAUUAUUACAUAAAUAUGUACUAAUUAAAUUAAAUAGUACAUAAAUUAUUUCGAAAAUAAUUUCGCACGAUACUUAAAUUCAAAAGAUGUUUUUUUUUAAAUAAAAUAU